CCUCCCGGACUUUACCCUCUAGAAAAUUGUACAGUGUUUCCGGCUCUUCUCAGUUGUAGACACUCGUAAGUUUUCGGCAGUUUCCGGGGAAACUCGGGGAUUCUGCGUCUGGCUCGCUGCGUUCCGAUAGCAGGGUUCGGCGGGGCAGGAUCCCAAGCUGGUCAUGGCGUCCCCAUCUCGGAGACUGCAAACGAAACCCGUUAUUACUUGUUUCAAGAGCGUCCUACUGAUCUACACUUUUAUCUUCUGGAUCACUGGUGUUAUCCUUCUUGCUGUUGGCAUUUGGGGCAAGGUGAGCCUGGAGAAUUAUUUUUCCCUUUUAAAUGAGAAGGCCACCAAUGUCCCCUUCGUGCUCAUUGGCACUGGCACUGUCAUUAUUCUUUUGGGUACCUUUGGUUGUUUUGCUACCUGCCGAGCUUCUGCGUGGAUGCUAAAACUGUAUGCAAUGUUUCUGACUCUCAUUUUUUUGGUCGAAUUGGUCGCUGCCAUUGUAGGAUUUGUUUUCAGACAUGAGAUUAAGAACAGCUUUAAAAAUAAUUAUGAGAAGGCAUUGAAGCAAUAUAACUCUACGGGAGAUUAUAGAAGCCAUGCUGUAGAUAGGAUCCAAAGUACGUUACAUUGUUGUGGUGUCACCGAUUAUAAAGAUUGGAAAGAUACUAAUUAUUACUCAGAAAAAGGAUUUCCCAAGAGUUGCUGUAAACAUGAAGAUUGUUCUCCACAGAGAGAUGCAGAUAAAGUAAACAAUGAAGGUUGUUUUAUAAAGGUGAUGACCAUUAUAGAGUCAAAAAUGGGAGUUGUUGCAGGAAUUUCCUUUGGAGUUGCUUGCUUCCAGCUUAUUGGAAUCUUUCUAGCCUACUGCCUCUCUCGUGCCAUAACAAAUAACCAGUAUGAGAUAGUGUAACCAGCAUAUCUGCCGGCUUACUCCUCUCCAACUUUAAGGACACUUAGGUUCCUCCCUGUGAAUUACAAGAUUGCCUGGAUGGAAGACUGACAACACUACUUAGACCAAAAAAUUACACCAAUAUGCUGAUUCAAUCAAGAUAUAUGU